CUGAUCACUGCACUACCAACUCGACUCUACCUACCUACCUAAUUACGCUGUGCCUUUGACAUUAACGCAACUAACCACCUAUCUUCUCCUGGUUGCAUUUCACCCUUUCUUGCUGGAGUCUCACCUCGACGUGUUCUCCUGCUUGACUCUCAGAGCCUCUCCAACCCGUGCGGUUUGGUGAAUCUAUCCCCGGUCAUUGUGACCUUGCAACGAUUCACAAACCAUCCCGCACACCUCCCACUAUAACCGCCUACAGUCAUAAAUCACAGCCGACCUCCAUGGCAGCACCACAAGGGGGUUAUCCGCCCCAAGAAGGGUACGGUCAGCCUGUAGGUUACGGAACUCCUGAGCAACAACAGCCCGCGGGGCAAGGGCAAGCUGGCGCACGAAAGAAGAGACAAUAUGCAGGCGAAGCCUUCGACUUUGGCUCCGGUGCCAAUGCUGCCUUAGGAGGCCAGUUACCGGGCGGUGGUAGCUAUGGAGCUUACCCGGCGCAAGCACCAGCUGCUGCGGGAUACCAGCAACCGGCCUACGCAGACCCUACUCAGAUGCACGCUGCUGCCCCGGCUUACGGGGCGCCCGCCUCCCCGCCAGUCGCACAGAUGACCCAGCAGUUCGGUGCUAUGGGAGUCACCGAUCCACACUUGAUGCCGCCGCAGCCCGUGGCUCAAGCCCCCCAGGCUCCGCGGGCAGUCCCUCUCAACCAGCUCUAUCCUACCGACCUCCUCACUCAGCCGUUCAACGUUGCCGAACUCGACUACCCCCCGCCUCCUAUCGUUCUGCCGCCGGGUACCAGCGUUUACCCCUCUCCGUAUGCCAAUUGCCCCCCGAAAUACGUUCGCUCCACGUUGAAUGCGGUUCCUACGACGCACUCGCUCCUGAAGAAGUCCAAGCUGCCUUUUGCGCUCGUCAUCCAGCCAUAUGCAGCGCUGCAUGACUCCGAAGAUCCCAUCCCAGUCAUUCCCGAUCAGGUCAUCUCCCGUUGCCGACGCUGCCGCUCCUAUAUCAACCCCUUCGUCACAUUCCUCGACCAUGGACACCGCUGGCGUUGUAACAUGUGCAACCUGACUAAUGACGUACCUCAAGCCUUCGAUUGGGAUACUGCUCUCCAGAAGCCUGCGGACCGGUCGCUGAGGGCUGAUCUCAACCAUUCGGUCGUGGAAUUUGUCGCCCCUCAGGAGUACAUGGUUCGCCCCCCUCAGCCGCUAGUUUAUCUGUUCUUGAUCGAUGUCAGCUAUGCUUCGGUCACCAAUGGUCUGCUCGCGACAAGUGCACGGUGCAUCAAGGAAAGUCUCGAUCGGAUCCCGAACGCCGACCGUCGCACCCGACUCGGCUUCAUCGCGGUUGACUCCAGCCUCCACUACUUCAGCAUCCCUCGGGAUGGGUCGGACAACUCUGACCCUAGAAUGCUGGUUGUCAGUGACCUGGACGAGCCUUUCUUGCCCAUUCCGGGUGAUCUUCUGGUGACCUUGAGCGAAUGCCGGGAAAACAUCGAGUCGUUCCUCGACAAGCUGCAGGAGAUGUUCCAGAAUACCCAGAGCAACGGCUGCGCCAUGGGGUCCGCUCUGCGCGCUGGUUACAAACUGAUCUCUCCUGUGGGCGGUAAGAUGACCGUGCUUAGUUCUUCUCUGCCUAACAUCGGCCACGGCGCUCUCACCAUGAGAGAAGACAAGAAGGUCCUUGGCACCAGCAAGGAGAAUGCUCUUCUGCAAACAGCGAACAGCUUUUAUAAAAGCUUUGCCGUGGAAUGCUCCAAGGCACAGGUCUCUGUCGACAUGUUCUUGUUCUCUUCUCAAUACCAGGACGUUGCGUCUCUCAGCAACCUACCCCGGUACACUGGUGGACAAACGUACUUCUAUCCGGGCUGGAACGCCGCUCGCCCAGAAGAUGCGAUUAAAUUCGCCCGCGAGUUCUCCGAAUACCUUUCGUCUGAGAUUGGUCUGGAGGCUGUGCUCCGUGUCCGCGCUACCACCGGCCUCCGCAUGAACACUUUCUACGGAAACUUCUUCAACCGCAGUUCCGAUCUCUGCGCUUUCCCCGCGUUUCCCCGCGAUCAGGCGUAUGUGGUUGAGGUUGCCAUCGAUGAGACAGUCACGAAACCUGUUGUCUGCUUGCAGACCGCCGUCCUCCACACCACUUGCAACGGCGAGAGAAGAAUCCGCGUUUUGACUCUGGCGCUUCCCACCACCCAAAACCUGGCUGACGUCUUCGCCUCGGCGGACCAGCAAGCAGUCGCAACCUACUUCAGCCACAAGGCCGUCGAGCGGGCUCUGGGAAGCGGUCUGGAACCUGCCCGGGACGCCCUCCAGGCCAAGGCCGUGGAGUUGCUCUCCACCUACCGGAAGGAGUUGGCCGGUGGAAGUGUGAGCGGCGGUGGUCUCCAGUUCCCUGCUAACCUGAGAGCACUCCCCGUUCUUUUCCUUGCCAUGAUCAAGAAUCUCGGUCUUCGCAAAUCUGCCCAGAUCCCCACGGAUAUGCGCUCUGCGGCUCUCUGCAUGCUCUCUACGCUUCCCCUUCCUCUCCUCAUCCAAUACAUCUACCCGAAGAUGUAUUCCCUCCACGACAUGCCGGACAACGCUGGGUUGCCCGAUGAGCAGACCGGCGAAAUUGUCCUCCCUCCUCCAGUCAACCUGUCGUCCGAGCGGGUGGUUCCGUAUGGCCUCUACCUCAUCGACGAUGGCCAGACGCAGUUCUUGUGGGUCGGACGCGAUGCGGUACCUCAGCUGAUCGAGGAUGUAUUUGGGCUGGCAGACCGAUCGCAGCUCCGGGUGGGCAAGCAGAACCUGCCGGACUUGGACAACGAGUUCAGCCAGCGGGUGCGUGCGGUGAUCGAGAAGAGCCGGGAUCACCGGUCGAAGGGGGUGGGCAGCAUUGUGGUGCCGCACCUGUAUGUGGUCAAGGAAGACGGCGAACCGGGGCUCCGCUUAUGGGCGCAGACGAUGUUGGUGGAAGACCGUGCGGACCAGAGCGUCAGUCUGGUGCAGUGGAUGGGCUCCUUGCGGGAAAAGGUUGUUCAGUAAUGAUAGCUUCUCCCUUACUGGUAAAUUAUUUUCCAAAUAUACAUCAAUACAACUUCCGUGAUUAUGUCAAGAUUUGUUUCCUUUCUGCUUUCUCUUCAGCGCUUGCUCCGGUGGUUGGCCUCGAUUGGCGGGUUAUUCUUUAUCGGGUUGAGUGAUGGGCAGGCCAACAAGAAAAUACAAAAGUUCCGUGGAGCUUGUGGUUGAUGUUGGGCGUGUGUUCGGGUGUUGUGUAUGGACCAGACGCCUUUUUUUUUCCGGCAUAUCGAGCCAUGUGCUCGCUAAUCAAGUGCCGCCCACAUGGGGGUUGAAGCUAUGCAUUGUCCAGUACAACACUUUGUAGGCUUUUUUUUCCCGUUAUUUGCGGGCUGUUUCAUAAGGCUGGUCACGAUGCUAAACUUCACCAACCAUCCCCCCAGUUUAC